AUAAGAUUAACAAGAGCGGGGCAAAAGUAGCUUCUAUUUUGCGUCUCUCCGGAGCAGCAAAGCUCAAGCUCUUGUACUGAAAGUCUGAAGCAGAACUCAGAAAUACCCAUGGCAGUCUCUUCUUCUUGGCGUAGAUUAUCAUCCCCUUCUCGCUUUCAUUUCAUUCGUUACUUAUCUUCUUCUUCCUGUCCACUCUUUGAUCCUCCUCCUCCAAUCACUCCCCGCAGAGUGGUCGUCACCGGCCUAGGCAUGGUGACCCCUUUGGGUUGCGGGGUGGAUGCGACAUGGCGGCGGUUGAUUGAGGGAAAAUGUGGAAUAAGAGCAAUAACACCUGAUGAUCUCAAAAUGAAUAAUUUCGAUAAGGAAACUCAGUUGUACACAUUCGAACAGCUGACCUCUAAAGUUGCCGCAAUUGUGCCCUGUGGAACUGGCCCUGGUGAAUUUAAUGAGGAAUUAUGGCUUAAUUCUAAGGAACAUCGAUCGAUUUCAAGGUUUAUAGGCUAUGCACUAUGUGCUGCUGAUGAAGCUUUAAAAGAUGCAAAGUGGGUACCCGACGAACAGGAGCAGAAGGAAAGAACGGGUGUCUCUAUUGGCGGGGGAAUUGGAAGUAUCACUGAUAUACUGGAUGCUUCACAAAUGAUUUGUGAGAAGAGACUUCGUCGGCUUAGUCCAUUUUUUAUACCACGGAUAUUGAUCAACAUGGCAUCUGGUCACGUGAGUAUGAAAUAUGGAUUUCAGGGACCAAACCAUGCUGCUGUUACUGCUUGUGCUACUGGGGCACAUUCCAUUGGUGAUGCUGCUAGGAUGAUUCAAUUUGGAGACUCGGAUGUUAUGGUGGCUGGAGGCACAGAGUCCAGCAUAGAUGCUUUGUCAAUAGCAGGAUUUUGCAGGUCAAGGGCUUUGACUACAAAAUACAAUUCUAUGCCCCUGGAAGCUUCUCGACCUUUUGAUUGUGAUCGAGAUGGAUUUGUGAUAGGUGAAGGUUCCGGCGUUGUUGUAUUAGAAGAACUUGAGCAUGCAAGAGAACGGGGAGCCAAAAUUUAUGCAGAGGUUCGGGGAUAUGGGAUGUCAGGUGAUGCAUAUCACAUUACUCAACCGCAUACUGAUGGAAGAGGAGCUGUUUUGGCCAUGACUCGUGCCUUAAAGCAGUCUGGUCUUCAUCCUAAUCAAGUGGAUUAUAUAAAUGCCCAUGCUACAUCUACUCCUUUGGGUGAUGCUGUGGAAGCCAGUGCUAUCAAAACUAUAUUCUGUGAACAUGCAACAUCAGGUGCCUUGACAUUCUCUUCCACAAAGGGUGCCGUUGGCCAUCUCCUUGGAGCAGCUGGUUCUGUUGAAGCAAUUUUCUCAGUUUUAGCCAUACACCAUGGCAUUGCACCAUUGACUCGUAACCUCGCUAAGCCAGAUCCCAUAUUCAAAGACAAGUUCGUGCCGUUAAGUGCUUCAAAAGAGAUGCCAGUGAGAGCAGCCUUGUCUAAUUCCUUUGGCUUUGGGGGCACAAAUACAUCUCUGUUGUUCACCUCUGUCUUGUAGAAGAUGUGAUUCGGCAUGCAUAUAUGCUGUUGCUCUGGACUAUUGACAUGAAAUUGCAGGGUGCCCUUCAAAAUAUCAAUUGAACUGAAACAUCUAGAAGAGUAUCUAGGAAUGUUACCAAUCAAGUGACAUGAUUGCCGUCAUAGCUUGUGCCCACAAAUCAUUCUUUACGUACAUGUUAAAAUUGGAUGGCAUUCAAAAAAUUUUGAGACUAACCGAUUGAAUGAAGAUUACCCUUUAUCAGAG